UAAGAAAAUGCGCAAACCUACGCACUCUUACGAAUCGCAGCGUUCAUAUUUCCCAUGCAUCAUAAGCAUAUACAUGUCCAUAUUAAAAAUAUUACGGUAAAAGUGCUAGUAGUUACAGUAGUCAUUACAGUAGGCUUACGAGUCAGCCGACAACUGAACUCAAAUCCGCAACUCAUCUCUGAGCGAUCGUCUUACUCGCCGUUUAUUAUUAUUUAAUAGUUUCGUUUAAUUAGUUAAUUCGUGAUUCUAUCACACUCCCCGAGUUCGGCUCAGCAAACCGCCCGCUCUCGUUUGAAUGUGCGUUGUGUUACGCCGCUCCAGUCGGCACAAAUCAUCGUCCUCAUCCAACCUUCACUCAGGCUUGUUCUCGUCUGCUUUAUCUAUCCACAUAUACCUAUCCCUAGCAAUAGCCACGGCCACAGCAGCUGCGUUGGUAGCCGCAAUGACACAAAAACAGUCAAAAGUCAUAGCCAAUCUCUCCAUCCAUAAGUAAGGGUCCACGGCCGUUUGCGAGGGAAAGGGCUCACCAGCGCCGACGUCCCACACACAAAAUAGAACCCGCUCCGACGUGUUAUUGUACGGCUCCGUAGCAGCAGCGGCGUCGGCGGCGGCACGUACAGCUCUGGCAUCAACAGCCAUAAGCUAAGACAAUGGAAAGAAUCGCUGCCGCAGGGUAUCAUAAGCAGACACCUUGACUAUGGACGAACUCAAAGGAAUAUCGUCGUCGUCGUCGUCUUGCUUCGUGUGUCCGUAUCGUAGCUAUUCGCGGGAGCAGCGCUAGUGUACUAUUAGUAGUUGUACACAAGCAGCGAGACGGUGCUACACUGACAGUGAAUAGCAAACUGCGCUGGCAACGAAACGAUCUUACCAUGGGCGCUGUGUACAUUGUCUUCUAACCAACAGCGGGAACAUCCUCAGCUCGCGGAUACCGACAACGGCUCUGCUUGGAAAAGGAGAGGAGCACUACAAUUGAAGGAGACUCCGUUACUCAGGAGAGGUCUGCGUGAUUUCCUGGCUGAUUCUCAGAACUAUACUCAGAGCUACCCUGCUGUUGAGCGGAAUUAAGGAGCGGCAAGGGGUGAACACUAGAAAAAUUGACGUUCGGCUGUGGAGUGCAUGUUCGGGUGAGUCGUGCCCGUAAAGAUGUGUUCGUGCAAUGACUCGUAUAUAGUUUCUUGUUGUAUUUCUUCAUUCCUGCCCAGUGAUCGCUCUAGUACAGGUAGCUAACUAGGUAGGUAGACAGGUAGGUAGGUAGGGGUUGUCCAUCCCUGGGAACGGAGCCGCUUUCUCCAGCUACACUAGUGCCGCUGUUACGUGUUUCGCGUGGCGCUAUGACCAUUGUGGCGGACGACAAAGAGCGAAACUGCCGUUAACGUGUUGUGCUCGCCUUCCAAAAGAAUAGUACCAUUAUUGCGAAGCGUACUGUGUUAAGACAAAGGGGAACUUCGAUUUGGGAACGCAGCGAGCGACGAUUAUUGAAGUGAACCUGGCGUAGAGGUAACGUGAGUGAAAAACGAGCAGGUCAAAGAGGUAACGUUGUAAUGAAGGGUAGCUGUUGGAUCUGCGUUCGUAACUCGCUUCGGCUCUGAUCUUACCUGGAGAGUCCUCCUGAUUCUUCUUAACUCCUUCUACUUUACCAUUUUCUAGCAAAGGAACAAAACAGGGUCCUUAGCACAGGAAUGUCCUCCUCUGAACAACGAGUGGUAGGUUAGUAUCCUUCCAGAAGUACGGGACGUAUCCGAAGUGGCGGAGCCGAUAGUAUGAUUAUGAAAUCAUAACCUACAAUUUAAAAUAUAUUAACACUAGCAGUAUAAAUCGAGAUCUCGCCACAACGUACCCGAUUCAAACAAGAGAAAAGGACCGGCACCACAACGAGCCUCACGCGGUCACUCUCUUUUUUUUUGCUGCCAGUCUGUUCGCUGGAAGUAGAGCUACUAUCUGAUAGUUGUUGACGCUAUGCUAACGGCAAUGUUCGCAAAUCCGUACAGAAGUGUCCAUGAAUGUUCGUGGGCUGCCUCGAUUGCCGGUGGGGCAGACGCUGCGUGACUGGAAGGAAGUAUUCUGCAAUAGCAUAUACUGUGUGUUUCCACGCCCGGUGGGUUCGUGAGGGUGUCACAUGCAUUUGUUAUUAAUGCCAAGAAAUUUCCUGCCUUGUGUUGGUUGGUUUGCUGCGGCAGCUGAUGGUGCCAAAAGCGACAACCGCAAGCCGCCGCCAAGCUACGAACUACUGACUGCGAUAGAACUGCGGGGUUGAUCGUACGGUCUGGUAUUUCUGGGAGACUUAUAACGCAAUGGCUAGAACGGAUGCAAUGAUCAGCAUAACUUCUAGUUAUUUAAUGUAUGCUACGGUGCAAUCAACGAAAAUUUAUAAAAUGGACAUUAGUGUAGAAUAAGCAGAGAGGCAAAUGGGCAGAUAAGGCGACAAUAACAAACUAAUUUAGCAUGGCAGAAAUACGUCGUGAUCGUAGUUACCGUCGUAGUACCGAUGUGAUCGUCAAAGACCCUUCACGCAAUAAUUAUUAUCGACGAGGAGUGUCGCUAAAGAGGCAAUAGACGUUACAACACCAGCGGUCACGUCACUAAAGACAACAAGAUCAACAGUGGUCUUGCCAUGGCAGGCGGACUAUAAGCAGCUACCUCAACUGUCAUACUGAAGCCGCGGACAAGACAACGUUAGAACUCCCUCAAACGACUGGAGAGCCUCGGGUCCGUACAUCUCCAUGCCUUCGCGCGUACUAGGAACGCGCCGUCGUCAAACGCUUUAUUGAUACCCAAUCUGUGCAUCCUUUUUAAUAGCUACGUAUGUGCAGUGGUCCUGUUUAGUUUUUCUUCACGGUAAUAAAGGUGAGACCGAAAACGGGAUUUAUCUCGAUUAGCUUCAACAGCUCUCAUGCAACGGACUGCUUCUUGGACAAGUUGACGAUAAAAUGAACAAUCAGUACUGAUCAGGAGUGAGUUGGGCGCAGGAAGAGGAACGGCCAAAUUAAUUAAUUCAGGAUGAGACGUUUAAAAUGCGAAAUAGAUACGCAUGUAAUGAAAAUGACAAUGACAUCUUAAUCAGCAAAGUGGUUCUGCGUAGUGAUUGGUUGACAAGAAGCCGUCAGAAGCAACAGCUGUUUGAUCGUCGAUGUUUGAGAUAGAAGGCCUACUGUAAGGCUACCCCCUGUUCUCGAUAUGUCGUGCAUAUAAUGAACGGGACACGGAUACCAGAAAGUGAAAUGCCGUGAAAAAAAUAAUUGUUAUUUGGAAGACAUACGCUCGUGAGAUAGUCUGUUAUAGGUGCACGGUGCGCAAUGUGAUCCACAAUGAUAAAAAGUGAGUUAAAGAAGAAAACGCCAUAAGCAGUUGGCGACGGAAGGCCUGCAGCAGGUGUGUUAAUGUUAUGUGUCGUCCUCAUUGUCGUGAGGUAGAAGGAGAAAGUGGCUGCUCGGAUUGCUAGCUUUAAAAGGUGCAACACACAAGGGGAAUAGAACUUGAUGUUGCAACUCAGCAUGGAGCAAGGAUUCACCGGUACCUAGUGCCAAUCCAGGCCCAAUCGCCUUCAGCUUUACCCGUACGUCCCAUAGAUUGUCUGCGGACAGAUCAAGUGUUUACGGAGAUCCGAACCACUUUGUCGACCGCGUACAUGUUGGUUUGCGUCGCGCUGCGGGAACAAUGGCGUCACUUACCCGACCGAUUAUGUGUGUUCCGGUUGGCGCGUCCCCGUACCAACUUUCGGCAUCACUCUGCAUUCGGCAGGAGAUUGAUCGCUUCGAAAGUGUCCACCCGUCAAUCUACGCCGUGUACGAUCUCAUCGAGGCGUUGCGGGAUCAUAUUAUUGCUCAGCAGCUUCGCGAGCACGUCGUCUGCAUCGAAGAUGCAUUUGUCAACAGUCCAGAAUGGACGCUUAGCCGAAACGUUCCUGAUAUUCGAUUGGGUGUCCUUGGCAGUCUCAGCAGCGGCAAAUCAUCGUUAGUGCAUCGUUAUCUAACGGGUUCAUUUAUUCAGGAAGAAUCGCCGGAGGGUGGACGCUUUAAGAAAGAAAUAUCGGUGGAAGGAUGUGGCAGUUUCCUAAUGAUGAUUAGGGAUGAAGCCGGUUCUCCGGAAUGGCAGUUUGCACAAUGGGUCGACGCCGUUCUGCUAGUGUUUUCCUUGGAAAAUGAAGGAUCGUUCCAGGAAAUACUCGCCUUUUACAAGAAAAUGAGAAAUUUUCGCAAUGACGUCCCGGUAGUGCUUGUCGGCACACAAGAUGCAAUUAGUGAGAAUAAUCCCCGCAAGAUUAGUGAUCAAAGAGCGCGAAAGCUAGCUCAAGAACUUGGCAACUGUGCUUACUACGAGACCUGCGCUACGUACGGGCUAAACGUUGAAAAGGUGUUCUCGGAUCUAUGUCAUCGCCUGGUUGUUGAAGGGGCCUGGUGCAAUCGAACCGGAGUAGGUGUCAGUAUCGGAGGUCCUUCAACCAUCAGUUCUGUAUCUUCGGGUGCUCCGCCAGUAUCAGGCCCAGCCUCCACUUCGCUGAGUCAGUCGCAACAAUCGCACAGCCAGGAUGACACUCAGCACCAGCCGACGAGUUUUUUCAGUACAGCUGAACGUCAACAGCUUCAGCAACAGCAGCCAAAUCAACCGCGGCAGUUGACGCCCACGUCGACGAGUUCGGCCCAAUGCCAGCUAUUGCCAACGACGUCACCUUCUGGUUCAGACUGCACAAGCAAAAAGCUUUCCUUGACGCAACCCGAAACGAGCCCGACGCCUGUCGGCGGGCGCAAAGCCGAAACGCCAUCCAAAUUGGAAGGCCUAAUACCGCUGACACCAUCACCGACAUCAAAGAGCUGCGACUCGAAGCUUAGUCUGGUGACGGAUAAAACCCCAGUGGGAACGCCAAACGCCGCUAGGAAAAACAAGAGAAGAUCAAACCUGUUUAGCAAGGACAAAGACAAAGAUCGAGACAAAAAAGACGUCAAAGCCAACGGAGGUAGCGCGGCAGGCUCAGGAGGUAACUCACAUGGUGAGUAUGGAAGCGGGAGAUCAAUUCCCGUUAAGCAGGGCUACUUACUUAAGAGCUCAUCGAAGGGUCUCAACAAGGAAGCGAAAAAGAAGCGCUACGUCACUCUCACGAAGGAUGGAAUACUAACCUACCACGCCACAAUCAAUGAUUACAUGAACAAUCACGGUGGAAAGGAGAUCGAACUAAUGCAGACAACAGUGAAGAUCCCGGGACAGAACCCGCGAGGGUGCCAAAAUCUUCGAUUAAUCCCAAAUACAAAUCCAAUUCUUUCGACCAAAGAGACCCCGUUGACGAAAAAACGGUCUCAUCACAAACGAAUUAAAUCGGGGAGCGGGUCGAAACUGCUUGAAGACGUUGUCCAUGGUGGCCAGUCUGGAAGUUGCGGAGUUGAAGAUCUUGAAUUCGUACUUAUCUCACUUUCAACGAAGAUGUGGCGUUUUGAAGCGGCUACAAUGGAAGAACGUGAUGAAUGGGUUACUGCAAUCGAACAGCUAAUUAUGGACGCGCUCCAGGCGUGCGAAUCGGCCCGUGCUGGAGGUGGCGACGACAUUCAAGGCCAGCAGCAGGCUAUCAACGCUUUGAAGUACCAGGUUGCUGGAAACCGUCACUGCGUUGAUUGCGAUGCACCCAAUCCCGACUGGGCAUCGCUGAACCACGGCGCCCUCAUGUGCAUCACUUGCUCAGGAAUACACCGCCAACUCGGUUCACAUAUCUCACGAGUCAGAUCGCUCAACCUUGACGACUGGAGUCCGGAUCAACUAGCUGUGAUGGAAGCUGUCGGUAACGCUAUGGCAAACGCCAUAUGGGAGGCCAACACUCGAUCAGAAGAGGGAAAACCUACCCCAAACUCAAGCAGAGAGGAAAAAGAGCGAUGGAUUCGUGCAAAGUACCUGGAAAGAGAGUUCCUUAAGGGUCUGCCCAGGCAGGCAUCCAUUGGUGGGCCGGCCCUCAGCCGGCCCAGCGGCAGCGCUCAGGCGCUUCUCUUGGAAGGAAUCGAAGCAGCCGACGUGGCCAGGGUAUUGCUUGCGCUAGCUCACGGAGCGAAUGCCGACGCUUCGGUAGGACAUGGAAGCGUUCUCGGUGGAAGCAGCGGGAAUGGACUCGUAAACUGCGUUAGCAGCGCUUUGGGCGGAAACACUAGCAACAUUUCUGUACACUCGACCGACCAGCGAAGUGCGGUGCACGUUGCUGUUGCCAAGGGAAAUACGGCCAUUGUUCAGUUGAUGCUAAUGGCAAGUGGUCGAGAGAAUUUAUGCAAGGACGGCGUCCUUAAAGAAGUUCAAGAGCGUAAAGUGUGACAAUAAUUUCGAGUCGGUUUGCAAGUUGACGUAACAAGAUUUUUCAGCAGCUAAAAUAUUCAUUCACAAAUGAAUGGUGUGACGCAUCGGACAUACGUGUUGGAAAGAAUUGGCAUGGCACAGGCACAGCGUUUUUGAUGAAGGGACAAGCAAUAUGAUUGGUGGCGAUAAGAACUAGAUCUCGAUUCUUUAAAUGACAUGCCUGAUAUUAAGAACAGGAGGUAUUCGCGUGAAACACCUUGGCUCUUUUUAUUUUAUAUUUGGCUGUCAACGCACGAGGACGGACCAGUUUUUGGGCACAAAAUCUGCACUACCGCGCAGUUGAUAACAUUAAACUACUCUCCCAGUGAAAACAAAGCAAAGAGAAUACGUCGACCGGGUAGAUACUACAUGGAUACGGUACGUACGGCGUAUUGUAUAUAGACUUGUGUAUUUCAAGUGAUCAUGAUGAUCAAUAGAAAUGUAAUACUGCGAACGUGUUUAUGCUGAUCUUAGCGUACCAGGCUUAGCCCCGAAGCACAGCAAGGAAAUACCCAAUGAGAAUGCAUUGAAUCCAAAAGCAAGUCAGUGUGGAAGCACAACCAAAUCUCGAGUCCCUCUUCAGCCGAAAAAGGGAAAGAUAUAAUAAGGUAUAUGUAACACAGCCCAACCUGCUGAGCAAAUAGUCAAGGUACAGAACUUGCGGUACAAGGAAGUGCUGCAAAGGAAGCUGCUGUAGGCUAACAAAGCACGUACUCUGUGUAGAAGCGUCGGUACGGGCGACGGCUGAUAGCCUUGCCAGAGCAACAAGCUGCCUCUUUAUCAAAUAUGUACUAUAUACAUGAAAUAAACAGCCAGAUAGAAAAACCGGUAGAAAUAAGAUAAAGCGAAACGAAAGGUGGUCGAAAAAAAUUUGGAACAAGUUGGGGGAAGAUUCAGGUGAUAUCUGCCUCGAAAGCCUGAAUUACAAUUCGAA